CUCGCUCCUUCAUUAUCUGCGUCCCUGUGAAAACAUCCCCUAAAGCCGAGCCGAGUGAUUCUCCCCGGGAAGGCUGCCUUGGGGAGCUGGGGAUGCGAAGCACCCUAGAUGCUGGCUUCCUCCGCAGCCAUGUCUGACAAACCUGAUAUGUCUGAGAUCGAGAAAUUCGAUAAGUCGAAACUGAAGAAGACAGAAACACAAGAGAAAAAUCCACUGCCUUCCAAAGAAAUUUUCUGGUCACAGCGAUUGAACAGGAGAAGCAAGCAGGCGAAUCUUAAGCAGGCGUAUGCCACCAAUAUGUACUGUACAUUGUACAAGCAUUGCUUUCUUGUUUUACUUCUUUUAGUUGUUUAACUUGGUUAGAUGCAAACACGCUGGGUGAGUUUGAAAGGACUGUGCUGCCCUUUUGACAUCAAAGACCUGCUGACAAUGAAGGCCACACCUGCUUCUCCCAUCGCCUGGCUGGCUGGCAGGGAAGGAAAAUAACUUGAAUGUUGGUGAAAGACUUAGCGGAGUGGGAGGGCAGUGAAAUCUAGAGUAAAACCAAGUUGGGCCAAGUGUCCUGCAGAAUCUAAAAUGAAGUUUAAUCAGAGUGCCAUUUUUUGUUGUUGUUUGAAAGAUUUUAAUUUUUGGAAUGCACAGUUUUUAUUAAAAAAAAUUUUUAAACCAUUGCUGGUGAAAUUGCUUGUUGAUUGGAAAGAGUGUUUUAUUCACCAUUUAAACAUUUGCAAAGUGGCGUGCCCCUGGGCCUCACAGGCAAAGAAUAACUGACAAGCUGGCGAUUUAAAUAAAUUAUGUUACAGUAUGAAAUGUGUUUUACCUAGAUAUGUAAAAUACCUUCUUUAUUCUAGCUAAUUGGGAGAUGAUUUUUUUUGGCUGAUUGAGAUUACCUUUAGAUUAUGUUUCAAAACUGGCUUGUACUGUAAUCUAAAACAAAUAAGCACUAAUUUAGAGUUCAGCUACAUUGUUGCAUGUAAUGAGAAGGGACUUAAUUACAAACUUAAGAUAUAAAUGUGCAAUAAAGUAAGCUAAGAAGAAAA